AUGUCUGCCCAACAGAGCGGAGAAGAAGGCCCAGUGGUCGAGGAGCACGUCGUGGGCGGCUUAGCCGGUGUCAGUGGUGCGGCUCCCGGCAAAGACUAUCGCGAAAAAAGUGCCAGUACAGUUGUUCGGGUGCUGACUGUUUUCGCCUAUCUCUUCUCUGUGUCCUUCGCCGCCAUUCUUCUCUCCGUAUACUAUAUUUGCAUAUGGAGGUCGCCAGAGCUGAUUGAGGCCCAGGGCCAAGCCAGCGCGAGGCGCGCUGAUGACUUUCGCCCCACGUUCACGGGCGACAACGUUACGUUCAAUUUCACGGAGUUCAUUGCAAAUUCGUUUACUUUAUUGAUCAAAGUGGCAGUCGGGAGAGAGGAGGCGCGCGCCUGUGCCGCGCUGUCACACGUCACGCCGGGCCACCGCCCGCGCCUGUCACCCGCUGUGACAAUAUUCGCCACUAAUAACGGCUCGACCUCCGCCAAAUUAACAUUGUUUGCAAAUUGUUACACGCCGCGCGCACUCGACGCAAAUAACCACCUACGGCGUAACAACAUCCGUCGCUGCGAGGUGUCAAACUGCAGACACGAGCGUGACCCGUCGCCGCGGGCCGAAGUGGGGCAUAUCGAUAAGUGUGGCCUAGUUACCCGGUGGGACGACCGAGUGCUGCAUUUCGAAGGGGAUAUGUCGAGCAAGUCGUACGCUUCGGGCAGCAUGCGGUCGGGUGGUGGUUCUGUGCGUCUGGGCGCGGCUUCGGGACACGAGGUGGUACUGGAUGCGCUAUACGAGAGGAAACGUGACAAGAAGAGCGUGCGCGUGCUGACCGUCAUUAUAUACGUGUUCUGCGUCUCCCUGGCCGCCAUUAUGCUGUCCCUCUACUACGUGUUCUUCUGGGAGCCCAAGGAUGCGCAUUACGCGCAGCGCAAGGUGUUAAAAACUGUACAGGCACCCAGCACUACACCUUUGCCCACUUGCUUUACCCUCACUGGACGAAGCAAUACCGAAGUGAACGAGUCUAUAGCUGAACCAACAAUAGAAAACAUACAAUCAGCGAUUCCUAUAAAUGCAACAGAUUUGUUACCGUCAAGCGAAGAUUGGCUAUUUAAUUCUACAGCAAUAACAAUGCAAGACAACUCGACGUCUUACGAAAUGGAGGAGCCACUACAUAUCACAAAUGUUACAUGA